AUGACCCCAGCAUUUUCUAUGGGAAUGCCUGCCGCCGGGGGUCCAAUGCUGAAGUCGGCGAAAGCCCUACAGCCGAAGGGUGUGGGUGGAGGACCAGGUUUUGUGAAUAUUGCUAGAAAGCCGGAAGAGCCCGAGGUGAGCAGUAUUCUAAAGUCCCUUAUGGACGAAGAAGCAAGGAAGAAAGAGAAAAAGCUUGAGCGUAAUCGCGAUUCAGCUCGGGAGAGCCGUAGAAAACAGCAGACUUAUGUGGAAACAUUGGAAAAUGGUAUUAAGCGCCUGCAGAUUAAUCGCGACUUAGUUCGGUCCUAUCGAUGGGGCGUCAGUGGUCCAGGACUCGGCUCCGUGCCCUGCCCGGACUCGCCCGAAAUGUCUGAUUGGAAAAAUCGCGUUGCAAUCGUUGCGGGGCGUACUGAAGCUUUCUCGAAUAUACAGAAUCCUGCAAAUUUUCAGUCUCUGAUGCGACUAAACCGACAGCGAUGCACCCUUGCAAUACAUUACCAAGAGCGUGAACGUGCGAUAUGGAAAUGUUUUGUGUUUAUUGGACGCCAGCUUGCAGCGAUGCGCACACGUGUGCUACAAGUGCAGAUGCUGCGCACGUUUUCAAAAAAUCCUUUGGCAAUGGAGUUAGAUGCAUUGCUGAAGUUGACAACCGACCAAAAGCUGCAGCUUCAGCAUCACGCGCAGGAAAUGUUUAAUGAGGAGGUCGUGGAGCUGACGAAGCUAUUCAAGAUCUUCUAUGCUUUGCGCAACGAAGCUCUUCGGCUGAAUAUCCUAUGUCCAUCACUGGAACGCCACUUUCGCGAGGCGUGUUCGUUUGGUCAAUUGCAUAGGCUGUUGCAGUGGACAGAGAAUCAUCGUGCAGUCAUCGAAACGGAUCUGUGCCUCGACGAAGUCUAA